AUGUUUGUUCAGCUACUAAUUAAUGUAAAUAGUGAUUGGUUAUGUGGCAUAUUUUGGAUGACACAAAACCAAAUUUUAUUGUGGUUACACUAUUCUGAUAUAGUUUUACAUGAUAAUACUUCAAGAACAAACAAAUACAACUAUUUCCUAUCAUUAUUUAUUCUUGUUAAUAAUGAAGAGAAAUCACAUUUGGGCACACAAGCAUUCUUAAAUAAUGAAACUCAAAAAAGUUACAAGUGGGUUUUACGACAAACACUAGAUGCAACUGGUGUUGAACCACAA